AUGGCCGCCUCCGACGCCAAGCAGCGGCGCCACCACUUCAUGCUGGUGCACGGGAUGUGCCACGGCGCGUGGCGCUGCGGCGCGCCGGCCACCGCGCCGGCGCUCGACAUGGCCGGCUGCGGCGCGCACCCAGCGCGUCUUGCUGAUGUGCGCACCUUCGAGGAGUACUCACGGCCGCUGCUCGGCGCGGUGGCUGCGCUGCCGGCCGGAGAGCAGGUCGUGCUCGUCGCGCACAGCCACGGUGGGUACAGCGUCGCGCUCGCCGUGGAGAGGUUCCCGGACAAGGUCGCUGUUGCCGUGUUCGUGACCGCGUCCAUGCCGGCCGUCGGACGUCCUAUGGCUGCCACCAGUGACGAGGACUUGACUCUGGGCCUGAUGCUUAUCAAGCCGGCGAACGCAUUCACCACAGGCAACCCAGAUGAGGUGGUGAUGAGGGACGAGAAGCUGCUUACGGAGGAGGGGUACGGGUCGUCGUGGCGCGUGUUCGUCGUGGUGGAGGAAAACUGCGGCAUUCCAGCGGAGUUCCAGCGCCGCAUGGUGGCACAGAGCCCCGGCGUUGGGGUGAGAGUGAUCACCGGAGCUGACCACAUGGCUAUGCUCUCGCGGGCACUGGAGCUGGUUCAGCUCCUCAUCAGAAUUGCCGACCACUCGCAAGCGUGA